GUCGCGGGGGUCCAGGCGCGCGCGGGGCGGGUGCGAAGGACGGGCCGGGAGAUGCGGACGAGCUGGUACUUGGUGGCUGCCUGGGCCCUGCUGGCUGCGGCUGCAGCUCAACGCAGGGCCGGCAGCAGAGGCCAGGGGAGCGAUCGACGGAACCGACAGCCCUCGGUCGAGGGGUCCUGGAACUCCCAGCUGUACCCCCGCUGGCAGGAGGGCGACCCCCGGCAGCAGAACUGCUGGAGAGGUGGCACCGUGACCUUUGACAUCAGCAACGACGCCCCCACCAUGACGGGCGCCAGGGCCACCUUCGCCAUCGCCCUGCGCUUUCCCGGCACCCAGGCGGUGCUGCCCGACGGCCGGGUCGUGUGGAGCCAGAACUGCACCGUGAACGGUACCCGGGUGAGACAGGGCGACGCUGUCUUCCCAGAGGAGCUGGGCGAGGGCCCUGGUGGCGUCUUCCCCGACGGGCAGCCCUUCCCCCCCAGCGCCCGGGGCAAGCGCAGCAAAUUCGUCUACGUCUGGCGGACCUGGGGGCAGUACUGGCAGGUGGUAGACGGCCCCUCCUCGCUGCUGACGGUGGAGACGGCCGGCGUGCCCCUGGGCUCCUAUGCCAUGGACGUGCAGGUGUAUCACUACCGCGGGCGCCAGAAGUUCAUCCCCAUGGGCCGCGCCACGUCCCAGUUCAGCAUCACGGACCAGGUGCCCUUCGCCGUGGACAUCGCCCAGGUGCUAGACGUGGACGGGGGCGACCGGCGCUUCGUGCGGAACCGGGCCGUGGCCUUCAGCGUCCGGCUGCACGACCCCAGCCGCUACCUGCAGGCCGCCGACCUCUCCUACUCCUGGGACUUCGGGGACCAGAGCGGGACCCUCAUCUCCCGCGCCAGCACCGUCACCCACACCUACCUGGAGGCCGGCCCCGUCCAGCCCCGCGUGGUGCUCCAGGCUGCCAUCCCCGUGGCCUGCAGCAGCACCUCGCCGGCACCGGUCGUGGACCCCACCACGGCCCCCCCGGCGCAGCCCACCUCCGCCUCGGCUCCAGCCAGCCUGGCGCCCAGCGGGGUCCCCACGCAGACCCCGGCACCGAGCGUGGCGCCCACCGCCACGGCCGAGCCAGCGACGCCCACGGCAGGCCCUGCCUCCGUCCCUGCCAGCCCCGCAGAGCCCGGCAUGGGCACCACCCUCCCCAGUGCUGCGACCCCGGCCGCCGCCAGUACCGCAGCUCCCACCCCUGCCUUGGAAACCGGCACCGUGCCCGCCGUGGCACCUGAGUCCGUGGUCACCGUCGUCGCCGCCGGCUCAGACCUGGCCGUGGCUUCUGUGGAUCCGCUGCUCCCUGCCUCUGUCUCUGCCACUGGGGACCUGCCAGGCACCUCGCCACCGGCAUCUGCGUCCUCCGUGGCCAACCCACCGGGCACCUCGCCACCAGCAUCUGCGUCCUCCGUGGCCAACCCGCCGGGCACCUCGCCACCUAUGUUUGCGUCCACCGUGGCCAAUGCGCCGGGCACCUCGCCACCAGCAUCUGCGUCCUCCGUGGCCAACCCGCCGGGCACCUCGCCCCCUACGUUUGCGUCCUCCGUGGCCAACGCGCCGGGCACCUCGCCACCAGCAUCUGCGUCCUCCGUGGCCAACCCGCCGGGCACCUCGCCACCUACGUUUGCGUCCUCCGUGGCCAACCUGCCGGCCAGCGUGGCAGGAACCGUGGCCAACACUAGCUUGGAAGUGGCAGACGCGGAUCCUGCCGCCCCCGAGGCUCUGGUGCUGGCCAAGCGGCAGGCGCCCGCCGGCUGCCUCCUGUACCGAUACGGCACCUUCUCGACGGAGCUGGAGAUCGUCCAGGGGAUCGAGAGCGUGGAGAUCGUCCAGGUGGUGCCACUGGCCCCGGCGGCGGGCGAGAACGCCGUGGAGCUCACCGUGACCUGCCAGGGGAGCCUGCCGGACGAGGUCUGCACCACCGUCUUGGACCCCACGUGCCGCACCCCCCAGCAGAGCGUCUGCAGCCCCGUGCCGCCGGCGCCCGCCUGCCAGCUCCUGCUGCGCCAGCCCUUCAGCCAGAGCGGCCUCUACUGCCUCAACGUCUCGCUGGCCAACCCCGCCAGCCUGGCCGUCGCCAGCACCCACGUCAGCAUCCGAGGUGCCGAUCCCGCCGCGCCCAGGAUCACACUCAUCGUGGGGCUCACGCUGGUAGCCGUGGCCCUCGGCGCCGCGUCCUACGCCUACAGGCGUGUGAAGUACAGACCCCUGCCUGCCGGCCCCGCCCGCAGCCCCCUCCCCCGGGCCUGGCUGCCCGACCGUGCCGCCCUGCGUCUCCUCCUGCGCCAGGCCUGGGGCACCGCGCCCACCGGCGAGAGCAGCCCCCUGCUGAGCGGCAACGUGGUGUAGAGACGGCGACGCCCCCGAAGGACCCGGCCCAGCCCCCGAGCUGCACUGCUCCCUGCCCCCACAGCACGGGGGGAGAGGAGGGAGCCCCCCCUCAGCUGGGGGGUGCCCGUGUCCUUACCAGCUAUUAAACACUCAG